GGCACAGGUGGGGGCACUGCUGGGCAUGGGUGGGCGGGGCUAGUGGGCGCACUGCUGGGCGGAACUUGCGGGUGUCACUGCUGGGCACCGAUCAUCAGGGCACUGAUCAUCAGUUCCCUGAUGAUCGGUGCCGAUCCCCGCUCUGACAACUGCCGGUUCUCGGCAGUACUUUCCUCACGAUCUGACAGCUGCCAGUUCUCGGCUGCACUUUCCUCACGCUGUCAGAUCGUGAGGAAAGUACUGCCGAGAACCGGCAGUUGU